AUGCAGGCAGCGCGGGAGAAUGGCGCCGGGGGUAUUGGAGUUCUCACGGGUUCGUUCUCACGGGACCAGUUGGAGGCGGAAGAUCCCGUCGCCGUGUUAAAGGAUCUUUCAGAUACAGACGGAUUUUUGCAGCUAUUAGGGUUGCAGGAAACUUGA